AUGACAAAUCCACAGCAGCCAAGCGCCUCUGGUCAGAGGAAGAUAAGUCCGUCCCAUCCCCCACGUUCUCCUCCUCCACCACCAUCAGAGGAUUUUGGUAUUCCCGAAUUUGGGGUGGAUGAAGAGAUCUCAAAAGGAUCAGCAUACAUCUUUCUGUAUGUUAUUUUGGAACUAAAAACAUGUACCUCUGAACCCAUGUUAGGCACUACAAAGAAUACUGCUAGAGCUAAUUGGAAUCACCAGAUGAAGCUUUUUCUUAUUGGGCUCUUAAGACAGUACGACUUACCUAGAUUUCGGACACAAAAUGCAUGUAGUAAGGAAGCUUGGACCACUAUGGUUGCUCAGGUCAAUUCAAAGUUUACUUUGUCAUUCACUGUUGCUCAAGUAAAACAAAAGGAGCAAGACCUGAAAAAGGAGUAUCGAGUUGUAAAAGAUUUGUCAGAUGAAAGUGGUUUUGGCUGGGAUUCUAAUAGAAAGAUGGUAACAGCACUAGAUAGUGUGUGGAAGUCUUUAGCGCAACGUCGAAACAAAGACGCCCUUUCGAGAUGGCGAGAUAAAUCAUUUCCAUACUAUGAUGACCUAUAUGCUCUAUAUGAUGGGCGUUAUGCUGAAGGAAGAAGUUGUCAUGGAAUGGAUCAUUAUGCGAAUAAGGCAAAGAAAUCUUCAGAAGUUCCAGCAUCACAUUCGCCACAAUUGCAUGUCACUGAGGGGCCGUUGCAGUCAACUUUGCCUACUCAAUCUGCUACAGGAGCUUAUGCAGCAGAGUUCUCAAAUAAAGAGUCAUCUGUCCCAGAACAAUUUCAAGAAACUCAAUGCCAGACUUCGUGCCCAUCUAGUUCAACUCCAGAGGCUAUUAGUGCUAAGCGAGAGAGGUACUUAAUGCUCAAAAAGGAAGAGAUUGAUCGAUUUGCAGCUAUCGAAGAGAAGAAAAUGGAGGAUCCCUACAGCAUCAAUAAGUGUGUUGUGGUGCUUGAGGGGUUGCUUAAUCUACAAAUGGAAGAGAUGAUAAAAGCAGCAGACAUAUUCAGAGAUAAUUCAGCGAACAGGGAAACUUUCCUCUCAUUUUCUCGUGAUGAAACACGGUUGGGAUGGUUGCGCAAACAGAUUGAGCUUACAUAG